AAAGAGGAAAACAGUCCACCUGCAGUAAUUUGGGGGGUCAUUCUUUCAGUUUCGCUCUCACUCCUGCUAUAAACGGCGAAUACCCAUGAAUUCUUAAGGCUUUCAGGACCCUCUCUUCACUCCACUUUCUAUCUCUAACCCACCAACCCUUUUGAGGCCCUAACUUUCUCUCUCUAACCCACCCAAAUGGAUCCAAAGUCCUCAAAGCUCCCGCCCCAUGAAGUUCCCAAGUUCCAUCAAGCCCUUGGCCUCCAGCCAGAGAAGAGAGAGAACAGCAACUCCACCAAAGGUGGUGGAGAACCCAGAGAUUUGCCGAUAGUUGAGGUGAUGAGUGAGAAAGAGGAAGCAAAGAAACAGUUAGCCCCAAAAAGAAGCUCAAACAAAGAUAGACACACAAAGGUGGAUGGAAGAGGAAGAAGAAUAAGAAUGCCUGCUCUUUGUGCGGCUAGGAUCUUCCAAUUGACAAGAGAAUUGGGGCAUAAAUCCGAUGGAGAAACCAUUCAAUGGCUGCUUCAACAGGCUGAGCCAUCAAUUAUAGCGGCGACCGGUACGGGGACUAUUCCAGCUUCUGCCCUAGCCUCUGCAGGUCCCAUGGCUAACCAAGCAAGCUCUGCUUCGUCUGGUUCAAAAAUGGAGGAAUUGGGUAAUAGAGCGAAUUGGACAAUGGUGAGUAAUCUCCAUAGAUCUCCACUAACGAGUAGCUUGUGGCCUUCAGUUGGGGGAUUUGGGUCUGGUUUUCUUCACCACUCUGCACCAUCUAGUUCGAAUUUAGGGAGCGAGAACGCGAGCUUUGUGCCUCGAAUUGGGUUUUCGGGGUUCGAAAUGCCGAGCUCUCAUUUAGGUCAUAUGAAUCUUAGCUCUAUUUUGGGCAAUACCUCAGGUGGUGGAAACCAUAAUCAGCAACUUCCUGGUUUAGAGCUUGGUCUUUCACCUGAUGGCCAUAUUGGGGUUUUGAGUACACAGGCUUUGAGCCAAUUUUAUCAGCAAAUUGGGCAGAGUAGAGGGGGAAGCAUGCAUCAUCAGCAUCAAAAUCAGCAGCAGGGUCCUUCUUCGAAGGACGAUUCUCAGGGUUCCAGACAGUAGAUAGAAAGUGUGAAUUUUGGGAAAAAAUUUGGUGGGUUUGAGAGGACAUCAGGGGUUGAAUUUUCCAGCUAUUUUCUCCGCCCUCUCUCUCGAUGCGCAGGGUUCUAGUGUUUCCUAUGCAGCCCAAGACCUAUCAAUGGCUUUUGUGUGGAAAUUUGUGGUAUGCCCUAGUUGGCCCUGCAAUUUCUCCUCCAUCUCUGCAUAAGCUUUGCCAAAUUCACCCAGUAUGGUUGAACCAGGAAAGCUGAAUAGCUUGCGAUUGCCCCCUAUUUUGAGGUUUGUUUUAGAGGUGUGUUUAUAAGAUUUUAUAGCCAUUAUUGAUCAUUUGUUUCUAGUUAUAGGUGGCUUUCUGAUUGGCUUUGUGUGAGAAGGAAUUAAAAGGCCUGUAACUUUGUGUGGGAAGGAAUUAAAAGGCUUUGACCUUUAGAAUAUUUGAGUUACUGUAAAAAUUCUCAUAAAGUAGAACGAUGACAUUGUAUUUUAUUAUGGUUGAUAAUCAGUAAAUUUAAAUACUGGUUUGAGGGGUUUUGUAUACUUCUCUGAUUCAAUAUUCAUCCUUUAAUAUUUAGAUUUUAAUCGCACUUCAACCGGAGUUUUGUAUACUUCUCUGAUCCAAUAUUCAUCCUUUAGGAUUUAGAUUUUGAUCACACUUCAACUUUUUGCAUGGCGCUUAAUUUUGUUGUCAUCGUUGUCAUCAUGAUCAUAGUUCUUUGUAUACUUCUCUGAUCCAAUAUUCAUCCUUUAGGAUUUAGAUUUUGAUCACACUUCACCUGUUUGCAUGGCAUUUGCAUAGUUCUGAGUACUUAUAUAUUCUUAAUUUUGUUGUCAUCGUUGUCAUCAUGAUCAUAUCAUAGUUCUGAGUUAAUAUGCAUUCCUAAUUUUGUUGACAAGAUGGUUAACACCACCAUCGCACCUCACAUGUCUGUAACCACUAUCACACUUGUCUUCAUUAACCAUUCACCAUCAUCAUUGUCAUCAUGUUCAUGCCAUCGGAGUCGUAGCUAUCUUUAAAAACUGAUUUAUCAAACCACUCAACAUGUAGGGCUCAAAAAUUGAAGGAGCAAUUUUCGAUUUUUCACCCAUCAAAACCAGAAGUGUUUUUUUUUUGGUAAUAUUGUUAUUUUCAAAUGCUAAUAUCGUAGUUAAAAUCAUUUACUUAUUUUCAUUCGGAAAAUUUCUCAAACCACGUUCAAGAGUUUCACAACUUCACAUUUCAUUCUAUCCCUUUGACCUACACUCCUACUUUCUGAAUGCCCUUACAAAAGAGACAUCAUGGCUCAAAAAUUGAUGCAGGGGUAAUUUUCAAUUUUUCUCCUCCAUCAAAACCAAAACCAAAUUAGUUUUCUUUUUUGUAAUAUUAUUAUUUUCAAAUACUAAUAUCAGUUAGCGUGUAUACUAUGUUCCCACGUGCUCAAAGUUUACAUUUAUUCCCUUAUUCGAGUGACUGAAGCGUAUUUUGUUGAUAUUAAAUUUUGGAAUCCAAUUUGGAAUUACAGGAUGAGUAUAUAUUUAGUAGAAAAUAAAAGAGGAUUUUGAAUAGCUAAACACUUAGAUCUAUCAUCCAAAGUUGGACAGUUUGUGUGUAAUCUGAGUGCAUAAAUUUUUUCUCAUAGCAUUCUUUUUUUCUUUUAUUGUGUUUGCUAGUUUGAGUAGGUCAUAUCCCCAAAAUUUGUGUUAUAAAAGUACUCUUAGCUAGAAUUUGCUUAGUGAGCAAACGAGCAUUUUGCUAUUGCGGAUAUAAUCUUUUUCAUAAAUUAUUUGGUUAUGGAUUGCCAAAAUUUGAAAUUGCCCCACCAACCAUUUCUAACCCAUUAUGAUGUGUCCUUCAAGGGCUAGCCCUUAGUCUGUGUGUAAUUUGAGUGCGUAAAUUUUUUGUCAUGCAGUUCUUUUUUUUUCUUUUAUAAUUUUUUGUUAUGCAGUUCUUUUUUUUCUUUUAUGCUGUUUGCUAGUUUUAGUAGGUCACAUCCCCAAAAGUUGUGGUAUAAAAGUACUCUUAGCUAGAAUUUGAUUGAGUGAGCAAACGAGCAUUUUGCUAUUGCAGUAUAUAAUCUUUGUCAGAAAUUAUUUGGUUAUGGAUUGCCAAAAUUUGAAAUUGCCCCUCCAACCAUUUCUAACCCGUUAUGAUGUGUCCUUCAAGGGCUUUUAGAAAUUAGUACAAAAGAAAUAGGUGAAAUAUUAAAUAGUAAAUAUUGCAUAGUUUUGUGGUGGUUUGAUAAAUUUCCUAUUGCAUUAUUUCAUUUUGGGCACUGAUUAGGCUUGCCCUUAGUCAAGAAAAAUAACUCUAUACAAAAAUAUUUGUUUAAGCAUCAUUUGAUCACCAUCAUCGUCAUCACCAUCAUAAUAAUUAUCAUGAAUUAUGUUGCAUUAGGGAAUGCUUUAUUUUCUUGCCUUUUCUAUUGCGUUUGCUUGUGUAAUUUCAUUUGUCCACUUUUUUUUUUUUUGGAUUGUAUA